UUUUUCACACACACAAAAUGAAUGAAGAAUACUUCCAGGAAUUAAAUAGGCUGAAGGGUCUAUGUCAUUUACCCUCCGUCCAAAAAGCCCUGGAUGCCUUGAUCAAUGAAGGUCGCCAAGUGCGUGAACCAAUUAAACGAACAAAGGCACUACUUCAAACAAGAUACAUCACCACUGGUUACGCUUGGUGUCAAAGUGCGGCCUCUGUAACAUUAUACGUCAAUUUUGACAAUGCAGAUGAAAUACCAAAGACAAAGUACAGUCUAGAUGUGUUGGACAGAAGCAUCGAGCUAAACAUUUUUGAUUACAAGGGAGUAAACCAUAACUUCAAGAUCAAUCAAUUAUGUGAUUUUGUAAAGCCAGAAAACUCCACCAUCAAGUUCAAACAAGACAAGAUUGUCAUUAUUCUGAAGAAACGAAACGCUGGUUCUGACUGGCCAGACUUGCGAAUGAAAUCCACACAUAAAACCUUCCAUGAAUUGGAACGUCAUGAAAAGAGCUAUACACCUAAACUAAAUACCAAUUACACUACACCCUUUACAAACGGAAUACACUGUCAUCAUGAUGAACUAAAUAAAAAAAAUUCAACAGGGGGUUUCAUUUCCUAAAGAUAG